AAUUCAUUCAGUAUUGAAAUUCAACUCAUGAUCAUCCUUUUGUCUCUGUUCUAAGUCUUCUUCUCACCUUUGUGCCUAUCUAUAUAAAUACUGAAACCCUCAUUAACUCAUUCCAACUUGCCCAAAGCAUUUAAAGCAAUACACAUUUUCUUCUUCUCUUUUUUGUUUCCUUUCAUCCCACCCAAUUUUGUUUCCUCAUUCUUGGGUUCAUAGUUAACCAUGAAGUUCAUAGGGUCAGUGUUAGUGGUGACUUUUGCUCUGGUUUUAGCCUCAACCUCAGCAUCAGAUCCUGAUGCUCUUCAAGACCUCUGUGUUGCAGACACUGCAUCUGGUGUUAAGGUGAAUGGAUUCACGUGUAAAGACGCUGCAAAAGUGAAUGCAUCUGAUUUCUCAUCAAACAUAUUAGCAAAACCAGGUGUGGCAGCAAACACAACCUUCGGUUCCAUUGUAACAGGAGCCAACGUUGAAAAGAUCCCAGGAUUGAACACACUUGGUGUGUCUCUGGCACGCAUUGACUAUGCCCCAGGUGGACUCAACCCACCCCACACACACCCACGUGCCACUGAGAUUGUGUUUGUUCUUGAAGGUCAACUUGAUGUUGGGUUCAUAACAACAUCCAAUGUUCUCAUAUCAAAGACCAUCUACAAGGGUGAGAUCUUUGUCUUCCCAAAAGGGUUGGUUCACUUCCAGAAGAACAAUGCCAAUGAACCUGCUGCAGUUAUUUCAGCCUUCAACAGCCAAUUGCCUGGAACACAGUCUAUUCCUCUGACUUUGUUUGCUGCCACGCCACCGGUCCCGGAUAACGUGUUGACCAAGGCAUUCCAGGUUGGUACCAAGGAGAUUGAGAAAAUCAAGUCUAGGCUUGCUCCCAAGAAGUAAUUGUUAUAGUAGGAAUGAUAUAUACUUGAUUGGUAUAUGUAUGCUUUAAUAAUGUCUCUGUUGUUUUUCUCAUUCAAUCUCUCUUUGUUGCCUCACAAUUCAUCAUGUAUGUUUGGAAAACUCAUAAAAGCAAAUAAUGGGACAUAUUCAUUUCUUUUAUAAUUGGAAUUUGAAAGGUGCUAUCAGCAUGCUUUGUUCUUUUUGUUAA